GACGCAUUCGAUUGGGUCGCACGCAUCAGCGGCAGUCGCGCUGACAACAUUGAUGUACGUGGUGCAACGCCAGUGUAUCGUUCAGGGCCUCCGAGCCGUCGUCCACGUCUAGGUAUUACUCGGUGUGAUCGCGUAAUUAUCCGUGACGAUGGCGUAUCAGUCAUUUAUUGGGGAGUACAUGAAUAUACUGGUCACCAGGGUGUACACAACAGCCUGCGUCAUCACGACGAUGAUGGUCCAACUGGACUUGGUUACACCAUUCCAACUGUAUUUUAAUCCGAUAUUGAUAUUCAAGAAUUACCAAGUCACACGUCUGGUGACGACAUUCCUGUUUUCGGCACGUUUGCUUCAAUUUUUCUUCAACAUGAUAUUCACAUAUCGAUAUUGUCGUAUGCUGGAGGAGGGUUCCUUUCGUGAGCGAACUGCUGAUUUUGUGAUGAUGUUUCUAUUUGGUGGUGUUUGUAUGAUUGUAUUUUGCAUUUUUGUAAAUUUAUUGUUUCUUGGUCAAGCAUUCACCAUAAUGUUGGUGUAUGUUUGGUCUAGGAGGAAUCCACUUGUUAGGCUCAUUUUUGGAUUAAUUAAUUUCUUUGCGCCUUAUCUACCGUGGGUGUUGUUAGCGUUUUCGUUACUAUUGGGAAAUCCAGUGUAUGUAGACUUGAUGGGAAUCGCUGUUGGACACAUUUACUACUUUUUGGAGGAUGUGUUUCCGGACCAAGUCGGAGGAUUCAAAAUUUAAACUCCUCAAAUAUUGAAAAACCUAUUGGACCCUCGCCCGAUUGAUCCAGAUUAUCUGCCUCUUCCAGAGGACCGACCUGGAAAUUACGAGUGGGGAUUUAACCAUCCCGCAAACGCACCGCCGCGCAAUGACAACCACGAGGAUUAGCAAGGCUGUGGCUUUAACCCGCGGAUGUUUUCAUACCAUAAACAACAACAUUUUAUGACGGUCCAGUCGACUAUUAUGCCCUUCAAACGGUCAUGAAACCAACUCUUUACAUUGGGAAAGCUGGUGCGCGCAACGACAAAACAAUAACAAUUAUUAUCGCGACGAUUAUUAAUCGCGGCCAACUACUAAGUCUAAUUUAUAUUGGUGUGUGUGGGUAGGUCGCCAUAGCAGGUGCGAUCGAAAUGAACAUUAUUGCUUGGUAUCCACACUGGAUUUUCAAGUCCUUGUCUUGUGAAUACUGAUAUUAAUGGAUUUAUGACAUUUAGAUUAAUAAUCUGGAAAUACAUGUUUAUUUUAAGGUU